AUGAGUAUCGGCAGUAAUGCGCCGAAUGCUCUAUUUUAUAAAGCGCGGGCAGAACGAGGGGACGUCGAGACUCGAAGGUUUCAAGGCGAACAUGAGCGGAUUCGCAAGAUCGUCCAGCAGACAAGGGUAGUAUUGGGUGUCUCGGGUUCUGGUCGAAAUAUGUUCUCGAUGCUUCUUUCGAGGAGGGGUGUUGUCGUCGAGUGCGAAUACGCGGCAAUCAACAAGCUGAGCAAAGCGGGGAAGGUUGGCGGUUCAGGGCCACGGCGGGAUAGGGGCGUUGGAAGAAAGUAA